AACCCUUGUAUUUCUAUUCGAUUUAUGAUUCAACUCCCUAUGCUCCGCCUUUCUAUCUUUCCUUGUGGCUGCUGUUUUCAGCUGUUCCAUCAGAUGGUAAGCCGUGCGCAUGCCUGGGCUCCCCCACAAUUCCCAAGGGGUGAAGGGAAGGGGGUACUGGCCCUGGGAUUGAGCGCAAGGAAAAAAAAUCGAUGUUAUUGCCAGUCGGUUGCCAGAGUGUUUGAAAGCAAGAUGUCCGAAUUGCAGCAGCAGCAGAACAGCUACGAGCAAGAGUGCCAGCGGGCGGAGCUGCUGGGCCUGCAGGCGCCAGACAAGGACGAGUUUGAUCGUAGACUCCAAGCCCGCCUCGAGCAGGAGCAGGCCGACCACGAUGCAGCCGAGGCAGUGCUGUUGGAGCAACAAGGCGAAGCGCUCAGAGAUGUCGGCGGCAAGCUGGGCGAACUGAAUAGCAUUUUGUCCAGCACGCAGCAGAGACUGAACCGAUUUAAGCAGACGGCCUGCGGCAGCCUCACCAACAUCUUUGCCCGACCCAGCUCCGGGUCCGUAGAUCUGUCUGCAGCAGCAGCAGAAGCAGCAGAGGGAGCCGCGUCCCAGGAAGAGCGUGCCCCUGUCCAAGAGCAGCCCCGGCACCCACCCACGGCGGCCGAGGUCAGUGCCGCCAAGGCCGCCAAGCAGCAGCGCAUAGACUCGGAUCUGGACAAACUGGACGCGCUAAUCAACAAGGCGGAUAACGCCCACAUAGCCAUGGGCGAGCAGACGAAGCAGAUGCGACGCUUGGCCAAGUGAGGCCUGGAAUCGAGGAAUCAAAGACUCAAGGUUUGAAUGGGGUUACUUUCUUUAUUAUGUACGAAAUUCGUUUUGGUCUAUAAUCAAUACAUCAGAUCUUCGGCAUAUCUCUCCCUCCGUCUGCUAGCCUUGAUCCUGGCCAGCCUUUGUCCUCUCUUUCUUUGGAUGAAUGAGUUUCUAUAUGAGUUCCGCUUAUAACUGAAGCUGAUGUUCAGAUUACCCAAAAGCGUUUUCAAUCACAUGCAGGCAGGCGGACAGUGCGGGGUGUGCUUCAGAGCUCUCAUUCGGAUGGAUCUGCCCUCAAGCCCGUUCGUCGCCCGCUUCUAAUCCUCGUUCAUAUCCUCCAUCGUUUACCUCUACUACUCGCAUUAUAUCAUAUUCAAAGUUUACAGAAGUUUUUUGUCUAUAUAAAAGAUAAAUCUCGUUGUAAAAUAUAGGAAAAAUAGAAUUAAUUUUAUAAAAUAUAUUCCAAACAUAUUCAACAAUCGUUUAAGUUUUUAUCCAUUCAGAUACUAUUUGUGACUUGCAAUUUUGUUUGUCAUUUUUUUGGAUUUGAUUUUUUCUCAAAACAUUAUUUGAAUCAUUUUUUAAUGGUUUUUAUUUUAAUUAAACUAGCAAAAAUAUUAUUUUCUCUUGUUUUCCAAAAACUCAUUAAAUGAAUUAAUGUGUGUAUUUAUUUUCUUAACUUAAUUGUUUUGAAUUUUACUUUGUGGUUUUCCACCAUAUAUACAAUUUUGAUGCAUAGUACAGUGCGUUUCACGGCGUUAGGAGGCAUGAAUGGACAUGCACUCCAACCAAAAACAAAACCAAAUAUCUAUCCAGGAAUCACAGCCACUGGUCGCAUGGCCAUGAAACGCACUGUACUACAACUGGACUAGCAUUACUUCCACCUCCACUACUUCCUUUAGCUAAUACUUGUUGAGAAAAAUGUUUGUAAAGAUUAAAUAAAUGCGUCAAAUAUUACAAA